CUCCCUCGGACUCUUCCUACCUCGCCACUUCGGGCGGGAUCCCGUGGCCCGCUCCGGGUGCUGGCUGGCAGCUCUGGCCUCAGGGCAGGGGAUUGCACCACCCUCCUCUCCCAGCAAGGGGGCUCCAGAGACUGCACAGCCAGGAAUUCUGGACAGUACCUUGGUAAUGUCCAAGGCUUCAGGAAGAGAUGUCCUUGUGGCUGGAGGCCCCCGCACCUGAUGUUUCUCCUGGUUCAGACUCUGCAGCAGAGUUGUGGGAGCCAGAUGCCCAAGAUGCAAGAAGUGAGGCCCAAGGAAACAGAAGCUUCAUCCUCAGGGAGAAGAAUAGGAUGCCCCAAUCAAAUGGGCAUGCUUUGGGGAUGGGGCUGGAGGCAACAGAGCCCUCAGCCCUGCUUUCCAGUGCAGAGGCCCUUCCAGAGCCCACAGAGCUUCGUCCACAGAAGCGGAAAAAGGGGCCAGCCCCUAAAAUGCUGGGGAACGAGAUCUGCAGUGUGUGUGGAGACAAGGCCUCUGGCUUCCACUACAACGUGCUGAGCUGUGAGGGCUGCAAGGGAUUCUUCCGCCGUAGUGUCAUCAAGGGAGCACGAUACGUCUGCCAUAGCGGUGGCCACUGCCCCAUGGACACCUACAUGCGUCGCAAGUGCCAAGAGUGUCGGCUUCGGAAAUGCCGCCAGGCAGGCAUGCGAGAGGAGUGUGUCUUGUCAGAAGAACAAAUACGCUUGAAGAAACUGAAGCGGCAAGAAGAGGAACAGGCUCAGGCCACAUCGGUGUCCCUGAGGGCGUCUUCACCUCCCCAAAUCCUGCCACAGCUCAGCCCGGAGCAACUGGGCAUGAUUGAGAAGCUGGUUGCUGCCCAGCAACAGUGUAACAGGCGCUCCUUUUCUGACCGGCUGCGUGUCACGCCUUGGCCCAUAACACCAGAUCCCCAGAGCCGGGAGGCCCGUCAGCAACGCUUUGCCCACUUUACUGAGCUGGCCAUCGUGUCCGUGCAAGAGAUCGUUGACUUUGCCAAACAGCUUCCUGGCUUCCUGCAGCUCAGUCGGGAGGAUCAGAUUGCCUUGCUGAAGACCUCUGCAAUUGAGGUGAUGCUUCUGGAGACAUCGCGGAGGUACAAUCCGGGGACCGAGAGCAUCACCUUCCUCAAGGAUUUCAGUUAUAACCGGGAAGACUUUGCCAAAGCAGGGCUCCAGGUGGAGUUUAUCAACCCCAUUUUUGAGUUCUCCAGAGCCAUGAAUGAGCUGCACCUCAACGAUGCCGAGUUUGCUUUGCUCAUUGCCAUCAGCAUCUUCUCUGCAGACCGGCCCAACGUGCAGGACCAGCUCCAAGUAGAGAGGCUGCAACACACAUAUGUGGAGGCCCUGCAUGCCUAUGUCUCCAUCCACCACCCCCACGAUCGACUGAUGUUCCCACGGAUGCUAAUGAAACUGGUGAGCCUCCGGACAUUGAGCAGCGUACACUCAGAGCAAGUGUUCGCACUGCGCUUGCAGGACAAAAAGCUUCCCCCACUGCUCUCAGAGAUCUGGGAUGUGCAUGAAUGACUGUUUCCCACCAAGUCUUCUGUGGUUUGGCCUACCUGGCUGAGGCCUCCAAGACACGGAGCAGACUGACAGGGCAAACAUUCCUGGGAGCUGGGUGAAGAGAUUCUUACGUGGCAUUAAAGGAGAGUCAAAGGGUUGGGAGUUUUGUGGAUGCUGGGCAGUGGGGUGGGGCACUCAAGCUGUGCACCAUCUGAAGACCAUAUGGACCCAACCAAAUGGAAGAACCUGGGGGCCACUUUGCGCAGUGUUCUCCAGGGCUCUGCCCAUCCUGCCUUCACCACUUCCUGGUUUUUGCUACACAGGGCCCCAAAAGAAAUUCUCCACUGUCAGUCUGUGGGUUGACCAUAAAUAUCCCCGGGCUGCUUCACUGAUAGAUCUGGCACUUGAAACAGGAAGAUCAAGAUGAAUAUAGAACGAGAGAAACCAAUUUCUGGGUUGGGGUAGGGGUGCAGCAGUGGAGGAAGCCUGCGUCCUUUAAGAUCCGCCUCCAGACUCCGAGGCAAGGGGCAAAUCACAAGAGUCAGCGUUCUUUUUCUAGCCUCACUGGAUAAGAGAAAUGAGUAGGUUUCCCCUCUAACGAUACAGGCGGGAGCGGGGUGGCCUUUUUGUGGGGAGGAAUAUCGAGCUUCAGAACCAACAGCAGGGUUCUUUACUGUGUUUUUAAGGCCUUACUUUUUUUUCCCACUGGGAAUUGUAAAAGACUCAGGGUCAAAAAAAAAAAAAAGACCCCGGGUCAAAUAGUCCUUCCCUGCGUUCCGAGGGGUCCCUGGAUCCUGCCCUGCGCUUUUGAGGGCUGAGAAAGACAGGACUACGUUUCCCAGCGGGCACAGCGGCACCGACCACGCCCCCUUCCUCGGUGCGCACCGGUGUAGGUGACAGCGGCGGCGCUUUCCAGCAUGCAGGCCCCCCCAUCCAGAAUUGGUAGGCUCCGCCGCCGGCGGACUAGCGGGCUUUCCAGCCCUGGCGGCUGGACACUUCCAAGCCACGCACGGAGGGGGGCAUUGAGGUGAGGCGUGGAGAAACGGUCAGAAAAUCUCAGCGGCAGGUUACCAUGAACAGCUACUUUGAGAUUGAUAACAUUUGGUCGCAAUGGGCUCCAUGAUUCUGCCGAAUUAAAGUUUAUUUGAGCAACCUAAA